AUGGCAGGCGAACAACAACCAAAUUUUGAAGAUUUUCUGGUCGCUUGGCUUGACACAAAUAUUGAGAAGCCUGAUACUCUUUGUGAUAGAAAAACACAGUUAAGCAGUAUCAUUAAUCGAGUGAAACAGUUCGACAAUCCAGUCGACUGUAUCAAUUAUAUUUCAACCAUAGAUGAAGAGCAAAUAUUUUUAAUCACGUCUGGAGCAUUAGGCGAGACAACUGUACCACUUGUUCAUGAUUGUUCAAGCGUGGUGUGUAUUUAUAUUUACUGCUCAUACAAAGAAAAACAUGAAAAUUGGACAAAAAGAUUUGCUAAAAUACGUGAGGUUUGCGUGGACAGAGAAAUUUUACUGAAAAGAUUAAUAUCAGAUGUUACUCUGUAUUCUAAAGCAUUAUCAGCGCCAAUAAGUUUAUUUAAACAUGAAGAUCGAGAGUAUUCUGUUCGAAAUUUAAGUAAAGAAAGCGCCAUGUUUAUGUGGUUUCAACUAUUAUUUGAUACAUUACUUGACUCAAAACAAACAGAAGAUUCAAAAAACGAAAUGCUAACCAUUUGUGAAGAGCAAUACAAAGACAAUGAAAUUGAAUUAAUAAAGAUAUCAGAAUUUCGACAUCAAUAUAGUGCGGAGACUGCUAUCAAAUGGUACACACGCGAUUGUUUUCUCUAUCGUUUGUUGAAUAAAGCUUUGCGUACACAAAAUAUUGACUUUAUUUUCAGCUAUCGAUUCUUUAUUAUCGAUUUAUAUAAUGCAUUACUGAAACUCUAUUCAUUACCGUCAUCAGUUAAGGUAAUCAACGUUUAUCGAGGACAAAUGAUUGGCGUUGAAGAACUGCAGAAGCUUCAAGAUAAUGUCGGAGGAUUCAUUUCAAUAAACACGUUUCUAUCGACAACAAAAGAUUGUGGCGUCGCAUCGGAUUUCAGUGGAAAUGGUGGUGGACGUCCAUUCUUUGAAUCAAUAGUAUACGAUAUCCAGGUAGUUGAAGGUAACUCUACCACAAAACCAUUUGCCGAGAUUCAGAGUUUAAGUUACAUAGAGGAUGAAAGUGAAGUGUUGUUCAGUGUUGGUACAGUGUUCAAAAUUGAAUCGGUCGAACAAGUAACCGAUAAACUUUGGUACGUGAAACUUAUAUUAAGCAGCGAGGGAAAUGAACAAUUGAAAGAAGUUACGCGAUAUUUAAGAUCAGAAAUCGACGAGAGACCAACGUUGAUCACACUAGGGAACUUUUUGUCGGAAAUGGGUGAUUAUGAUCGAGCUGCAAAAUACUACACGAUGUUAUUGCGAGAGUUGGAAGCAGGAAACAGUGAGGAUGUUGGUGCUGUUCUAUGCGCUAUUGGAUCACUAUAUUUUCGAAAAGGAGAAUAUAAACAAUCACUCGAAUAUCAUGAGAAAGCACUCGAGAAACUGGCUACUCUGCCUGAAGUACAUCCCGAUCUUGCAACUGCUUUCAACAGUAUUGGGAUGGUUUAUUAUGAACUAAAUAAAUUUGAUGUGGCCAUGAUAUACUACUUAAAGGCGUUGGAAGUUCAUAAACGCGUAUUGUCCGAUACAAACGAUCCGUUUAUUUCGGCUGACUUGAACAACAUUGCUCUGGUUCAGAUUCAAACGGGACACAUUCAAGAAGCACUAGAAAAUUUGGAGAAAACAUUACAAAUGAGGCUGCUAAUUUUACCUGCUGAUCAUCCACUAUUAUCGCAUACUUAUUUAAACAUGGGUAGCCUUUACUCUAAGGUGAAAGAUUAUUCAUCCGCUCUCAAAAUGUAUGACAAUGCACUUAAAAUACAAUUAAAAACAUUGCCAUUAACACACCCGGAUCUAGCAAAAACCUAUGUGAAUACUGCCCAAAUAUACUCCAGUCAGCGAGAAUAUAGCAAAGCUUUAGAACUGAAUCAAAAUGCUUUAGAUAUUCAACUGGCAAUGACUCCAUUGAACAAUCGUGAUCUCUCAAAUACUUAUAGAAACAUGGCCAUGGUUUAUGUUAACACUGAAGAUCAGCUAUCAGCUCUACAAACAUAUUCGAAAGCACUACAAUUGGAACAAACUUGUCAGCCAGUCGACAUUGAAGUCGUGUCCGCUAUCCAUAACAAUAUCGGAACAAUUUAUUUUAAAAAUAAUGACAAUGAAAGAGCAUUGGAGCAUUUCACCGACGCUCUAAAUGUGCUACCAUCAGAUCAUCCCAAUCGUUUUAUGACAUUCAACAACAUAGCCACUGUACAUUUUAACAGCGGGAAUUAUCUGUUAUCACUUGAAUGUUAUCAAAAAGUUAUUGAUUCACUCGACUUUCCACGGAUAACAGGAGAUCUGGCUACAAUUUACAAUAAUGUGGGUCUCAUCUAUUUGAUGACCGAACAAAACGACCUGGCUAUUGAAAAUUUUUUGAAAGUGUUAGAAUCGAACAACCUCAGCACUGAAAUGAAAGUAAAAACGUUUUGUAAUAUAGGCGAAGCUUUCAUGGGAAAAGAUGAAAGCGACUCAGCUCUGAUCAAUUACGAAAAGGCGCUCGAGCUCUCGCCUAAUCACGAAAAUGUAGCAAAUAUAUAUCAAAGUAUGGGUGUUAUUUAUCACUGUCGAGAAGAAUUUGAGAAAGCUUUGGUUAAUUAUCGUCGUGCUGUUGAAAUCCAGCUGGCAACUGUUCCACCAAACAGUCAGGCAAUAUCUGUCGCCUAUAGUAACAUCGGAAUGGCUUGUCAAGAUAAUGGUGACUACGUAGAAGCUUUGAGCAACUUUCAAAAGGUACUAGAUGUUGAAAUGAGUUCCGAAUCGCCCGAUGAUGAAACAAUAGAGACUAUGAGGAGUUAUACUGAUGACAUAAAAUGCCGUUUAGAAAAUAAGCAGUCAGAGUAA